UCAUUUCAUCAUGGCUGCUGCGGACAGCUAAUUUUGCUGAAUUUCGACUUUUUAGCACAGAUUUCUAGCUCUUCUCAGCCAUGAGUGAACAAGAAACUUCUUUAGGAUUGACCAAAUGGCAACUAGGCCUGCUCAUUGGUGUUCCGGUUGCCGUUGUAACUGUGGCAGGAGUAAUUUGGUAUCUCAAUAGUUCAGACGACGCAAACGAGGAACUCCAAGAAGAUGUGGGUGCUGCCAAAAUACCGGACAAGGAACCGUCAAAGCCUAAGGAGGACAAAGAUGAAGUAGAAAAUAUGACACCUGCAGAAAAAGCACAAGCUGCAAAACUCAAAGGCAAUAAAUACUUCAAAGCCCGUAGAUUUACUGAUGCUAUCAAAUGUUAUUCUGAAGCAAUUGAGCUUUGCCCAGAAGAGAAUAAAGCAGACCUUUCUACUUUUUAUCAAAACAGAGCUGCUGCAUUUGAACAGAUGGGACAAUUUGAAAAUGUUAUAAAUGAGGCAUCUAAAGCUUUGGAAUUAAAUAAUCGAUACACAAAGGCACUAAUGAGAAGAGCAAGAGCAUAUGAACAACAAGGGAAAAAAGAGGAAUGUCUACAAGAUCUUACAGCAGUUUGUCUCUUGGAAGGUUUUAAUAACCCUGACUGGAUGGUCCAUGCUGAUAGAGUUCUAAAGUCUAUUGGGAAAGAAAAAGCUAGCACACAUUUUAAGAAUCGUAAGCCUGUUAUUCCUUCCUCUGUGUCAAUCAAAGCUUAUCUUGAUUCAUACAGUCAAGAUGAUAUGUUGUCAGACAGUGUCAGAAAUGAAGAAGGCGUUACAGCUGACAUGCCUUUCAUCUUGGCAUUAGAUGACAUUAAAGAAAGAAACUUUGAUAAUAUAGUAGUAUACUGUACUCAAGAAAUUGGAAGAGGUGAAGACAGUCCAUUCUAUGCCAAAGCAGUUGCUCUUAGAGCCACAAUGUACACAUUAAUGUCACAAAUUGAUGAUGCUAUGUGUGAUUUGGAUGAGGUUAUCAACAUGAAUGAUGACAAAGCUAGCAUUAAGUUGAAGAUUAACUGUCUUUUAAAAAGAGCAAGCCUUAAGGCUCAACAAGGGACAUUAGAUAAUGAUGUAGAGAGUGAUUUCCAGACAGCAAUAACACUAGACUCUACAAACUCAGAUAUCUACCAUCAAAGAGGAUUGAUUUAUUUCCUGACAGAAAAACUAGAAGAUGCAAGAUUAGACUUUGAAAAAUGCAUUGAAUUAAACCCAGAUUUCGUCCAAGCCAAAAUACAGCUAGCAUACUGCAUUUAUAAAAAGGCGCAAAUAAUGCAGUCACCAACGCUGGCUCGAGGUGCAAUGGAGGAAUUUGAGAGAAUUAGUAAAGACCAUCCUGACAGUCCUGAUGCACUUGGCUUACAUGCUCAGGCAUUGCAAGAGCAAGGACAGUUUGAAGAUGCCAUGGARAAAUAUGAAGCAGCACACAAAAUUCAACCUGAAAAUCCAGUUCAUCUUGUUUAUAAGGGCUUACUAAUGGUUCAAUGGAAGCAAGAUUUUGAAAAAGCUGUUGAGUUGGUGCAGUCAGCAAUUGACUUGGAUAAAAAGUGUGACUUUGCUUAUGAAACACUAGCAACACUCGAAGUACAGAGGGGAAACCUGGACAAAGCAGUUGAGCUCUUUGAUCAAGCUUUACUUCUUGUAAGAACAGAGGCAGAGAUGGCACAGACGUACGCUCUGAGAGAAGCGGCAAUUGCACAGAAUUACGUAACCAACAAAAUGGGAAUCAAACCCAACAUAUUCAUGGGUUGAAUAUAAAUAUGAACGUUUUGUUGAAUUAGUAAAGUAUUUUAAUAUUGUUUUAGGUAUAGUAAAGUUGAAUAUGAGUGGAAAUAAAAAAAUGGCUGUUUUAAUGUUUCA